AUGGCGAGAUGUGACGCACGAGGACCGCGGCAGGGCCAGGAGCCCCGGGCGCUGCCAGGACGGGCGCACCGAGGCGCGGGUUCUGCGCGCAGGGAGGGCCAGGAAAGGGCCCGCGCUUUCCCCGGCCCGUCGCGGCGCCUCGCCUCCCGGCUCCCUCGAACGCCCCGCCGGGCCGCUCGCUUCCCUUGCGGAGCAGCCCUGGAACUCGCCCGGGCCGCCACCCCCCAGGCCCCGCCCCUCCGCCCGGGAGGCCUGGCCUCGCCCCGCCCGGCAGGAGAGGCGAAGGCGAGGCUCGGCGGACGGGGGCGGGGAAGAGCCCCCGGCAGGCACACGCGGGCAGACAGCGGGCAGCGCGUGCCCGAGCCUGCGCGUGUCCGCCUGUCCCGGAGGGGCUCCCGCUUGCUUUCCUCCGGGGCCGCCGAGAGCCGCGGCCCGGCUUUGGAGUCGGCGUCGGGCGAGCGGCCAGAUGGCCCCGCUCUGACGGACGGGGGGGAGCCGCCCCGCUGGCCCUCCCGCCGGGGGCGCUUUGUGUGCAAGGCCGACCGCUCUCCCCGCCCCCGAGGAAAAGGCGAGGCCGCGGCGAGAGCCCAAUCCGGCCGCGCUCGGCUCCCACAUCUGGCUCCCAGCGCGGGAGCGCGCACCCUGCCCCGCCGCCUGGGGGGCGUCCCGGGCGGACCGUCGGCCUCUCUGCAGGCGCUCUCCUCCCUUCGAGGCCGGGCAAGUGCCGGGCGAGCCGGGCCCGGCUCCCCUCUCCGGCGAGCGGCUCCCGGUCGGGCCCGUCGGCGGGCGGGGGCUGAAGGGGCGGCGCGGUCCCGGCACUGCCUGCCCCGCCCGCCCGCCGACCCCGGCCGCUCGCCUCGCCUCCGCUUCCCGCAGGAGCCGGCGGAGCUGCCGGGCGAGCGGCCCUUCCCGCGGCUGACAGCUUCUGCCUGCCGGGUGAGGCUUCCUCCCGCCGCUCCCUUCCCUUCCGCGGCCGGGCCGAGAACGGUGCCCGCCAGCGAGCGGGGUGGCCGGGGAGGAAGUUCCCUCCGAGCCGGGAAGGGAAUCGGAGGCGCCGCAUCGGAAACGGCAGCCGGGCCGGCUCUGCGCUCCUCGUGCCGUCCCCGGUGCCCGCCUCGCUCCGAAGCCGCCAGCCUCUCCUUCCCGGAACCGCCGGCGAGGCCGCCCGGCCGGCUCCCUGCUUGGGAGUCGCUCGCCUCGGAGGCUCCGGCUGGUCUCGCCGCCUCGGAAGCUGCCGCCCUUUCGAGCCCUUUCGCCCCGCUGCCUUAUUUGACGCCCGACCCCCGUCUGAAGGCUGCGGAGAGGGCGGGCGAGCGAGCGAGCGAGCGGCUGGAGAAAGGCUGCCUCUCCCGCACGGAUCCCUCGCCCAGGAUAUCCAUUUUUUUCCUACUUUUUGAUGAUCAACCCCAGUAACGAGACCACGUUAUGCCUUAUGAAGGAUCUGUUCUGGAGUCAGGUAAGUCAGCUGUUAUCUGGAGGUUAGGAUUCAGAAUAUUCCUAGUUUAUUAACAUUAUUUGUAAAGGUAAUGCAUUUAUGUUUUAUUACAUUUGCAAAUCGCCCAGUUAAUAGGACUCCUGGCAGUUAAAAGAAAUUAAAGAAAAGAAAUAAGCUUUAAUAAAGCUACCAGGAAUUAAUUACCAGAGGCAGUCAAUAAAGUAGCAUUGAGAAGAUGACACAACUUCAAGAUAAUAAACCCAAUUUGUAUUUUUAGGAGGUAGGUAGAUGGAUAGGUAAACAUUAUUACUGUUUACCUGCUGGAACUCUCCUUUAUUCUUUAUUCUUUAAUAAAUUUCAAUAAUGUUCAAGCAAUCUUGAAAGUCUGGCCGAGAGGGAGGCGCUUCCCUCCUCCUAAAUCAAGUAGAGCCAAGGUGAGCCAUCUUGAAUUUCCCCCUCGCUUCUUCCUUCCUUUGUGGGCUGAGCUAAGGCGAACAUAAGGGCAGCUGGAUGCAUUUUUCUCUACAGUUUGUUGGCAAAUUUCUGUAGGGCAGAUUUAUGAGGUUUAGAAUAGAAUGACACCGUUGGAAGGGACCUUGAGGGUCUUCUAGUCCAACCCCCUGCUCAGGCAGGAAACCCUAUAUACCAUUUCAGACAAAUGACCGUCCGUUCUCAUCUUAAAGCCUUCCAGCGUUGGCGCAUUCACAACUAUCAUAGGCGCCAUCAUGCCAGAAUCGGCAGCAAUGGGUAGACGGCUAGUUUCUCUUACUCUGAUUUUGUAAGCGAAGAUUUUAUAGAAUCAAAUCAAUAAACCUACAUGAGCAACUUAAGCCCUGGUGGCAAAGCUUGGUGGACUGACUGUGUCUGGGCAGAGAUGCUACGUACGUUUGUCUGGAUGGGGAGCCCAAGGAAGUC